CUGAGGGAGGAGUUGAAGGUGCGACAAGUAAAAUUAAGGAAGAGCAUGAGGGUGUGGGACCGGAUGGAGAGGGAGAGUAAGGGGUGCGAGUUGAAGAGUGAGCUGAGUGAGAGGAGUUUGAGGGGGCUGAGUGGGGAGGGGCAGGGAGGUGCGUUUUAG